UACGAGGGUUUUAGCACAAACGAGAAGAAAGAGGGGGAAGAGCUACAGGCUGUAACCGCAAUUAUCAUCGAUUUCGUCUUCAAGGGGAGUUUGGGCUUGUAAAAAUGGCGGAUGAAGAAUAUGAGAUGGACGGAGCAUAUGAUGACGAGCCAAUGGAACCUGAGCCUGAAGAAGGAGCAGAGGAAGAUGUUGAAGGAGAGAAUAAAGAAGAUGAAUUACCAGAUCCUCUUCUAGCUGACAAUGAAGAAAAGGAAGAACAAGAACAAGAACAAGCAGAACGACCUAGGAAAACAUCAAAAUAUAUGACCAAGUAUGAAAGGGCUAGAAUCUUGGGUACCCGUGCUCUGCAGAUCAGCAUGAAUGCUCCUGUCAUGGUUGAAUUGGAGGGUGAGACUGACCCACUUGAGAUUGCCAUGAAGGAGCUUCGCAUGAAAAAGAUACCAUUCACCAUUCGUAGACACCUGCCAGACGGAAGUAAUGAAGAUUGGGGAGUGGAUGAGUUGAUUGUGGAAGACUCUUGGAAGAGACAAGUUGGUGGCGACUAACCCCCUCCUCCUCUUGAGUGGUUAGUGUCGAUAUGUGUUACUAAAUACUAUCGAUAGAUAUACGUUAUAGUUUGUAAAUGGGGAAGACUCUUGUUAGUCGUAUAUGUGUGUGCUAAAUCCUGUCUUAACUCAAACUUAGAAUUGUAACUAAUACCAGUGAUAUGAUUUCCAUGCCUGUUUCUGGUAUGCAAAAAGAAAAACUCGGGUCUGUCCGAGCUCCUUCAAAAGAAAAGUAGCCUGAUCCUGGGCUUUUGUGUGCA